AAAUUCAAGGAAGCUGUCCAGGGAGUGAAAGACAGCCAAUAUGCAUUUGACUGGUUGAGUGAGACCACCGACAAUGAAACUCUAGUGAAAUGGGAAGCCGAGGCCACAGCAGCUCAGGAUGACCAACUCCAAAAUCCCAGUGCCAUGGACAUAUAUGAAGUUAAAUUGACAAAAGGUCAGUCACAAUGCAACACCUAUUUACAACAUGCUGACAUGUUUGAGACAACACUGACAAAAAAACAGCAAGAGUUGCACCUGUUGAACUGCCAGGCAAGGUGGCCAGCUGGUAACAUCUACCGCAGUGCUGUGACUUGGCUGGCUGCUGGAAUUACUCUUGAGGAGACCCAAGUAGCCCUCCUAAUUGAUGUAAAGAAACUGGGAAGGUGGCCAACCAACACCCAAAAGCUGGCUGUGGCUCAGCAUUGCAACUGA